ACGACGUGCACAGCUGCAGAGUGCCUACAAUGACUUCCUCGGUUCAAGACGCUGCGGAUAUCAUCACCAUUAAAAAGCAAGAUACCUCACACGAGCAGCAGCAGCAGUUAAAGCUGUGCAGUUCGGUGCUUUGCAAAUCUAAUGCAUCCGGCGAAUCUAACCAUCGGCAGAUUUCGCCUGUGGGGUCCUUGGUUAACAACUUGGGGCGUUUUCUCCUCUAUGCUUCGUGGAGAAGCGGGCAAUCAAAUGUAAUUGGCCAUCGGGCUCGUUCCUCAACUGUUGUUAAAAAUAGUUUGCAGCACGCAAUUUCAAGGGUAGCGUUCAACGACAAGCUUGCCACAUGCGUCCGUUGCAUCCUGGAGUCACUGCGAAACGGGAAACAUGAGGUUGCUGUUGAAUGUGUGGAAACCUUGCACUGCUUGCGCAAGUCAGAGUCACGCGAGUCAGCGGAUACAGUAGCGAGUUCUGUGUCAUAUGAGGCGAGGCUGGUUGAACUGCGUGAUGUAGUUGCGAACGUGGUUCGACAACUUUUCGCUGCUGCAACACAGAAACGAGAUGUUCAGCAGGUGUUGAAUUAUGGGAAGCUUUUUCCAAGGCUGCAGCUAGCAAAAGAGGGUUUGAAGAAGAUAAGUGACUUCGUUUCUCAGGAAGUAAAAUUAGAGAUUGAACGUCAUGGUUCCGAAGUUGGAGGCGGUCUCAAGGAUGUUUUAGCCCUGUCUAACUUAUAUCAAAUCAUGUUUUCGUGUAUCGAAACAUUUCAUGAUGAAAUAAAGAGGUCUUUCGGUUCGGAGGCGUUUUCAAAUCUGCUUGACAAACUCGAUGAGCAAGCGAACAAAAACGGGGAGAUCAUUCUUCUGAAUUUUUUGGGUUCAUAUUCUGAUCUUCAAUUUGAAAAUGAUCAACAAGACCGAAAAAGAGCUCAAAAAUUCAUGGAUGACUCCAUUGAUAUUUUUCAGCUUUUAAAUGCGUACAAACGCUUUCUUUGGACGAGAUUUUUUCUGAAAUCAAGAGUCGUUCGCGGAACAUAUGAACAUUUGCGCGUAUACGCAGCAGUACAGGCACUUAACCUCCGGAAAACCGUUAAAAUUGUACUCGAUCUUAGAUUGAAUAAUGUCAUCGACGACAAGAGUUUCGUAGAUGAUGUUUUCUUUGUAUUCGAUGAGGCUUUAUCCCGGGCUUGGAAUUCUGGGCAUUCUUUUUUGUUUGAUUCAACAUUGCGUGAAGUUUUUCAGAUCGAAAUAAAGAAAAUUUCUGUAAUGAUUUCUUCUUCUUGGUUUUCACAAACAAAGAUUAACCAGUUUUCACAGGCAAAACUUGAAGAUAUCCUUGCCUUCAUAUUAUUUUGCGACUCGAUUUCUCAAAGUUUACGAAUAUUAAUUGCAAAAUUUAAGGCAUGUGAUGGUUUUCAUUCCCUGUCAAAGACUCAUUAUUUCGAGAAAGAUUUUGACUUUGACGUUGACAAUUUUACUGAUACCGCCGACAUUCUCUGUCAGCAGAUUUCAGAGAAAAUAAUUAUCUUUGCGAAAGUCUUGUUGGAUCGUUUCCGGGUUGUGCUUGACGUAUUUUCAAGGCUUUCUUAUGUUCUUGACGACUACACAUACUUACUUCACGAGCAAAGUGAUCCUUGGCUUCAGAACCUGUUUUCGAAAAUAGAUGAGGCGAGUUUCAGUCAGACAUUUCGUGACUUCUUUUUCUUUCUUUCUUACCUUUAUUUUUCGACCGUUACUUAUCUUACUCUCUGGAGAUUACCAGUUUCCCAAGGUUUUGAUUAUGUUGUUCCGGUUUUUCCUAAUACUAAUUUUUUUUCGUUUUACAGCUACAAUAAGCGAAUUUCGUUGCAUGUUAUCAACUCGAUUCUCUCGUCAUUUAUUGAAUUGCUGGCAUCUUCUAUCGAGGACAUCAUCUUUCGACGCCUGCGAUUCAGUCAACUAGGUGGUCUGCAGCUCGAAAGAGAGAUUCGAAGAUUCAUUUUACACCUCUCAUCGACAUUCCCUGAAGUUGCGGUGCGUGAGAAAUGUGCUAGGCUUUUGCACAUUUCUUCUGUGUUAAGUGUUGAAUCACCAGUUGAGGUUUCAGAGUACUGGGAAGGCUUAGUCGGUGCUCCCAAGCUUUCGAUUUUGGAGAUGAAGCGUAUCUUGCACUUGAGGGUCGACUUCAAAAUUGAACAAGUUGAUUCAUUUAUUCUAAAAUGAGACAGACAGCUUUUGUGAUAGGAUUUUCUCUAAGCAAGAACUACAUAGUUGACAUAAAUUCUUCUGGAAGUACUUCCAUAACUGCUGUAGGCCCUAAAAUUAGAAAAUGCCUCACAGAACGUUGUUUGUACGGCUGACAUGUACGGAUUAUGUCUAUUAUGCGUGGUUAUCGGAUACACGUACAGCACUUCCAGGAACAUAUGUGGUCACAAAAUCGCUCGCUGUCAUUGAUUUGCUCA